UUCCGAUGACGAUUGUAACAAAAAAUUUGUAUAAUAUUUGCAGACAGUAGACCAACUCCUCUUCUUUUGUGGUCUCUAAGAAACAGGUUGGAGUUUUCCUAUAAAGCUGCUUCAGAUUUCCUGGCAAAUACUUUGAAUAAUUUCUAACACCACAAGAUAAGGUUCUACAAUUUUUUUUCACAAAUUCUCAAAUGGACAACGAGAGAUUGUUUGAAGCUGCUCGGACAGGAAAUAUUGAGGUGCUAUACGAUUUGCUUGAGAAAAAUCCAUUGAUUCUAACUGAUGUUGCCCUGUCGUGUUCCACAGAGACACCUUUACAUGCUGCGGUUAAGGCUGGUCAGCUUGACUUUGUACAUCAGAUUAUGAAACAUAAACCAGAAUUUGCAGGAGAAAUGAGAAAGGAUGGUUACCGGCCUUUGGAUAUAGCAGUUGUUACAGGGCAUAUAGAUAUUGUCAGACAGCUUUUAAAGACUGAAUUCCAGAUUUAUCGUCUGCCAGGCCAGGAUCAAAGAACAGCCCUUCAUUAUGCUGCUGCAAAGGGAAGAGUUGAGAUCAUAAAUGAAUUGAUUUCGACUUGUCCGAAAUGUAUAACAGAUGUGACCAGCUAUGGGGAGACUGCACUUCACCUUGCUGUGAAAAACAACCAAUUCCCUGCUUUCAGCGUCUUGGUCAACUGGCUGGAAAAUCUGAAAGAGAAAACGGUCAUAAUUUCAGGGUUCGUGAUGGGAACUCUGUCUUGCAUCUGGCAGCUGCUCGAAGACAAUACAGUAGUCUUGAAUUGCUUGUUGGUAAGAACAAUGUUUUCAAUGGAAUACUAGAAGUGAAUGCCCCAAACUCAAAGGGUCUGACUGCA